CCCACUUACUUUGUAGGGGAAUAAACAGCACAUCCUUUUUUUUUCUACUUUGUGAACUGUGGAUGAUCUACCCUUUUCUCAACACUAAUCUAUAUUGUUCAUUCAACCGUCUAAUCUAUCACAACGCUUUUUUCUUUCUUUCUUUCUUUUUUUUAAAGCUACAGUGCUGUUGAGCAUCAUACUAACUGUGAAAUUGUCCACACGGACCAAUCUUAUCUUCAAUAGACCACAGUAACCAACCAUGCUCAACUGGCAACCACAGCAGGAGGGGCUGAACCAGCUCACGCAGCUCCUCAGGGAUUCCAUGUCCUCCAACAACGCUGUACAGACUCAAGUCCGAGAGCAACUGGAGUCGUUCAGAAAUGUUCCCGACUACAACAAUUACCUCAUCUACAUCUUGACUCAGAUGCCCCAGGAGCUUCCCACGACCCGUGCGAUUGCUGGACUUUUGCUCAAGACCAACAUCCAAUACCAUGCCGCCGACAUCAGAGAGGAUGUCCUUAACUACGUCAAGGCCCUUGCCCUCCAGCAUGUCGGAGACCCAGAUCCGGAUAUCCGCAACACUCUCGGCACAGUCAUUACGACUAUUCUCUCCAGAAACAGCAUCAUGAGCUGGCCCGAGGUCUUGCCCACUUUGAUGGGCUUGUUGGACUCGCAGGACUCUAAUGUUGUUGAGGGUGCAUUUAAGGCAUUGGCCAAGAUUUGCGAGGAUUCCAGCGAUGAGCUCGACAUGGAGAUCAACGGCGAGAGACCCCUCAAUUUCAUGAUCCCCAAAAUCAUCACCUACUUUCAGUCCCCUUCAGUGACCAUCCGCGUCUGCGCCUUGACAUGCAUCAAUCAAUUUAUCACGAGAAAGUCGCAGUCGUUCAUGGUCAACGUCGAUGCCUUUGUCGAGGGCUUGGGCCAGCUUUCGAACGACAACCACCCCGAUGUCCGCAAGCACGUGUGCCAGGCCAUGGUCAUGUUGCUCGAGGUCCAUCCCGACAAGCUGAUUCCCCAGAUCAACAACGUUGUAGAGUACAUGCUCUACUCCACCAAGGACGACGACGAAUCAGUGGCCUUGGAGGCAUGCGAGUUCUGGCUCGCCUUUGCUGAGCAGGACGCCCUCCAGGAGUACUUGCGCCCUCAUCUGCACCGUGUCAUCCCUGUUCUGCUCCAGGGAAUGGUUUAUAGUGAGCUCGAUAUCAUCUCAUUGGACAUUGACGACGAGGAUGCGUCCGUUCCUGAUCGUGCUGAGGACAUGAAGCCUCGUUUCCACCACGCCAAGACCCACACAACCGAGAACGCUGCAGUAUCGACCGAUAACGCUGCAGAGGCCGAUAAUGCCUUGGACGACGAUGAUGAUGAAGAUGAUGACGAUGAGGAUGAUGAUGACGAUAUCUACAUGGAGUGGAACCUCCGCAAGUGCUCAGCAUCGGCUUUGGAUGUAUUGUCUGCCGUUUAUGGAAACUCGAUGUUGGACAUUCUUUUGCCCCUGUUGCAGACGGAGCUGUUCCAUGCCGAGUGGAAGCACCGCGAGUGCGGUAUUUUAGCCUUGGGAGCCGUUGCCGAGGGCUGCAUGUCUGGAAUCGAACCCCACCUGCCUACGUUGAUUCCAUACCUUAUCCAGACCCUGAAGGACCCCAAGUCCCUGGUCCGUGCCAUCACCUGCUGGACUUUAGGUCGCUAUGCCCGCUGGUGUGUCUAUCCCACCAACCCCGAGGAUCGCCCAUUGUACCUCGUACCCUUGAUUGAAGGACUGUUGAGCAUGGUGAGCGAUACCAACAAGCGCGUUCAGGAGGCUGGCUGCAGUGCUUUCGCCACUCUGGAGGAGGAGGCCUGUGAGGCCCUGGUCCCUUAUCUGUUUGGCAUUCUCCAGACCUUGGUCCACGCAUUCUCGACCUACCAGCAGAAGAACUUGCUUAUUUUGUAUGACGCUAUUGGAACUCUUGCUGAUAGCGUUGGAAGUGCGCUCAACAAGAAGGAGUACAUCGAUCUUUUGAUGCCAUGCCUGAUCGAGAAGUGGCAAAACUUGCAGGAUGACGAUAGAGACCUCUUCCCUCUUUUUGAGUGCCUGUCGUCUGUCACUACCGCUUUGGGCCAGGGCUUCUUGCCUUUCGCUCCUCCAGUCUUUGAGCGAUGUGUCAAGAUCGUGCACUCCAACCUCAUGCAGGCUCAGAUGCAUGCCCAGAAUCCCGAGAACGUCCCUGCACCCGACAAGGAUUUUAUGAUUGUCGCUCUGGAUCUUCUUAGCGGCCUGACUCAGGGAUUGAACACAAGUGUCGAGAGUCUGGUGGCCUCUAGCCAGCCCAGCGUCCUCCAGAUCUUGAGCGUCUGCUUGGCCGAUUCGUCCGCUGAGGUUCGCCAGUCGUCGUAUGCUUUGCUGGGAGACCUCGCGAUUAGCUGCUUCUUGCACAUCAAGCCGUACUUGAACGCAUUCAUGAACGAGCUGAUUGGACAGAUUCAGCCCAACACCGAGUUUGUCUCUGUGUGCAACAAUGCUGCCUGGGCUGCUGGAGAGAUUGCCCUUCAGUAUGGCGAGGGCAUGGGCGUUUGGGUCCAGCCCUUGCUGGAGCGUUUGAUCCCUCUGCUGACAAGCAAGCUUACGCCAAGGACGCUCUUGGACAACUCUGCGAUCACCAUUGGUCGUCUCGGAUUGGUCUGUCCCCAGUUGGUUGGACCUCAUCUCGAGGUUUUUGCCGAGGCCUGGUGCCACACUUGCCGUACGAUCCGUGACAACGACGAGAAGGACACUGCUUUCCGUGGUCUGUGCGCCAUGAUCCAGGUUAAUCCCCAGGGCUUGAUUAAGAGCCUUGCUCCCUUCUGCGAUGCCGUUGCGCAGUGGAGCGAGGUCCCUCAGGAGCUCGAUCAGCAGUUUGGAAAGAUCCUGCUCGGUUACAAGAACAUGAUGGGUGGUGCUUGGGAACCAUUCGCCGCGUCGUUGGCACCCGAUACCAGAAGCCGUCUUGCUCAGCGCUACGGAUUGUAAAGGCGUCCAUUGGAGCGCAUGGUCCGACCGGGUGUUUUUGUUUGUGAAGGCGACUCUUGUAUCGCACGCACCAGCACCUUGUAAACCAAACCAAAAACCAAAAACCAAAAAAAAAAAAAAGCCAAAAAAAAAAAUAGGAUCACAAAAAGAAUUACUACAGGAGGGAAACAACAGAAAAAUACAUAAAAGGACAAACAGCAGGGCUUUAUUCAAAACAAAACAAGAGGGGACUUCAUUUUUUUUUUUUAUUAGCUUUUACUUUCAUUGCACUGUAUUUUCAACAAGAUUAACAACAACAUGAUAACAACAUAAGAGGGACAAAAUUAUU